GACCGCGUAUAAAGCAAGCCAGGAUCAUUAGGCAGCCCAGGCCAAGAAACGCGUCUGGGGGUUUUUGGCUCUUGAUCGUAAGCCGCCGCCUGCCAGUGGUGCACACGGAAAAAGGAAGGGACAGGGACAGGGACAGGACUCGAGGAGGCCGAGGAGGAAACCGAGGCCAGAGGCUGGAGAGCAGCGAGCCGCGCAGAAGCUCUUCUGCACGCGCGCCCACCCAUGGCGGUGAAGGCGAGGGUCUCGCCGACGGGCUUGCUCGCCGCCGCAACGUGGGCAGGCUUAUUAUCACUCGUGGCUGCCUCCGCCCUCGACGUGCCGACCGUGGCCUUCGACGAGCGCUUCUCGCCGCUCUUCGGCGACGGCAACCUCGUCCGCUCCCCCGACGACAGGAGCGUCCGCCUCCUGCUCGACCGCCGGUCCGGUACGUGUAUAGAUGUCCAAAAAGCACGUGGCCCGUUAGCACGGCACGAAGCACGUUAUUUUAGCACGACACGAGCACGACACGGCACGAAUUGAAACGGGCCCGGGCUCAGCCCGGCCCGAAUAGCGUGCCGGGCCCGACAGAUAUUUGAGCCCGUCGGGCUGGCCCGAGCACGGCCCGGUAUCUGCCAGGCCUUUUAACCGGCCCGUUUAUUCUAAUACCACUAAAACCUAAAUCCUGAUUUCUCCACCCACCCCAGCCGCCAGCCCACUCUCCCACUCUUCCUCUCGCUCCUGGUUCCCUCCUCCCUGCGGCCGGCACACUUCCUGCAGAUCCCGCGCGAGUCCUGAGCUCCUGGCCGGCCACGGCGCAUGCAGCCGCGCAGACCAUAGCACAGGAGCGCCGUGCGGCCGCACCGCUCCCGUGUUCCGCUCUGGGCUCAGGUCGUCGGUGCUGGGCACAGCACCGUGCGAUCUCGCGUCUCCGCUCCGGCUCUGCGCUCUUCGUCUCCGCUCCUCCAUGGUGGGCUCGUCGCGGCCGGAGCUCAAGGCUCAUGUCGUCGCGGCCAGCAGCGCGAUGGCCAGCAGCGCGAAGCCCAGCAGCGCGGCCAGGAACGCCGAACGCGCACGCGAAGGCCAGCAGCGCGAUGGCCGCCCUCGCCGCGACGACCGCCGUGCUCGGGCCGGCACGGGCUUCUCCGUGGGCCGUGCUUUCCGGGCCAGCCCGGCACGGAUGGGCCGGCUCAGUGCCGUGCUCGGCUGGUGUAGGCAGCCCGUCGGGCGGCACGGCCCGGCACGAUUAUCUGGCCGGGCUCAAACGGGCCGGGCUCAAACGGGCCGGGCUGGAACGGGCUCGGGCUGGGCCGGGCCGUGCCGCCCGUUUGGACAUCUAUAGGUUCCGGGUUCGUUUCGUCGGACUACUACCUCCACGGCUUCUUCAGCGCGUCCAUCAAGCUGCCCAGGGGCUACACGGCCGGCGUCGUCGUCGCCUUCUACGUGAGUGUUCCUUCUCAAUCGAUGCCGCAACGUUACUGGUAGCGUAUCCGGUAUGUAUAUCCCCCGCCGCCGCUCUUUCGAAACCGCGGCGAGCCAUAGCGAGUCGAGGCCUCGAGGGUGCUACGCGCCCAUGUCCUGCCUGCGCCGCACAGGCCACAGGCACAGCACGCUACAGCGCGGCCCACAUGGGCUGCCUGGGCUCUGCAGCCCAGAAAAGGCUGCGACGCCUGGCCCCGGGAAUAAAUGUUCCCUCUUCAGUCAUUCACGCCCCUCAUGAGUGAUGACUGAUUAAGGUACAAACAAAAAAAAUUAGUUAAUGCUACCGAAUUGAUAGUAGCCCCCCCUGUUUGGUUAAAUUUCUAGUACUAUUCGCACGCCUCUGCGCCAGUGACUGCAGUGAAUGGUGUCCAACCGCUCUGUAGUAGUUGUUGGAGCUUGCAACGUUCAGAGAUUCCAACUAGCACAUGAUGACGUGCAUAAUGCUUGUGCAAUCCUUUUGAUCCUGCAGCUGUCUAAUGUGUUGGAAAAUAGAGUUUGUUUAAGUAUGUUGCGUAAAUAUUGGUUUGUUUCCUGACGCACCUCUUCCUAAUGCUAGAAGAUAGGAAUAUAGUUUGUUGAGGUGAUAACGCUUGUAACAGAAUUGUUGUAAUCUCCGGCUUCCUUUGCCUAUAUUAACAUGCAAGCUCGGCAGAGAACAUAUGCCAGAGUUUAAUCAAAAGGCUUCCGCUCCUCUGAUUUCUUACAUGGUAAUCAGAGCCAUCACCAAAUAGGAAUCCCACGAUCCCAUCUUCAAGCCCUUCAGUUAUAGCUCUCAUGGCUGGAGCAUUAUCAUCUACUAUCCCAAACCUCACCACCAUGAAUCUCCAUCCUAUUGUUGACAAGCUCGACAAAGAAAAUCAUCCAAUCUGGCGCGCACAAGUUAUGGCUACCAUUCGUGGCGUGCGCCUUGAAGGGUUCUUAACAGGAAAGAAGACGAAGCCAGCAGAAGAAGUAGAAAUCAAGGAUGUUGAUGGCAAUCUCAUUAAGACUGCAAAUUCAGAAUAUGAAGACUGGAUCGCUGCAGAUCAGCAGGUUCUCAGCUACUUGCUCGCAUCUGUGUCCAAGGACAUUCGGAUGCAAGUGGCAUCUAAGAGUUCCGCAGCAGAAGCAUGGAGCACCAUUGAAGUGCUCUUCACAUCCCAGACUCGUGCGCGUGCUGUCAACACACGCCUUGCACUGGCAACCACAAAGAAGGGUGCAAUGAAGGCCACCGAGUACAUUGCCAAGAUGCGUGCACUCGGUAAUGAGAUGGCUGCCGCUGGCCGUCCUUUAGAAGAAGAAGAAUUGGUCGAGUACAUACUAGCAGGACUUGACGAAGAAUAUGAUUCGGUGGUGAACUCAGUUCUCGCCAAGACCGAGCCUACCACCGUAAGCGAACUAGUUGCCCAGAUUUUUGCUUUUGAAACUCGUGUUAAUCUACGCAGUUAUGAUUCUUCUGGAUCAUCGGUGAAUGCUACAAGCCGUGGUCGUGGCCGUGCUGGACCAUCACGUAGCGGCUUCAGUCGCGGACGUGGUGGUGGUCGGGCGUUCAACAGCUCGACACAAAGUGGUCGAGGGUCCUUCCACAAUAAUAACCCUCGGUCUAAUGGUCAUAGUGUCACCAAUCGCCCACAAUGCCAAGUCUGUGGCAAAAUUGGACACACGGCCGAUCGUUGCUGGCAUAGAUUCGACGAAAAUUUCACUCCAGAUCAGAAGCAUGUUGCUGCAGCUGCCACAAACUCAUACAAUGUCGACACAAACUGGUAUAUGGACUCGGGAGCCACUGAUCAUAUAACAGGAGAACUUGACAAAUUGGCUGUUCGUGACAAGUACCAUGGCGCGGAACAAGUUCACAUGGCAAAUGGAGCAGGUAUGAAAAUUAGUCACGUUGGAAAAUCUAUUAUUCAUACCCCUUCACGAAAUCUUGAAUUACGCAAUGUCCUUCAUGUCCCACAUGCAACAAAGAAUCUGAUAUCCACUCAUCGAUUUUCCUUAGAUAAUAAUGUAUUUUUUGAGAUUCAUCCUUGGUUCUUUCUUGUAAAGGAUCGGGACACGAGGACCACUCUGCUUAAAGGAAAUUGUCACCGAGGCCUGUACCCUUUGCCAUCCUCUUGCCACAAGAAGCUUGCUCUUGGAGUCAAUAAGCCAUCCCUUGUCAGAUGGCACGAUCGUCUUGGUCAUCCAUCUUUUCAAGUCGUUGAAAGAGUCCUUAGAGAUUAUAAUCUUCCACAUCAAGUUGAGUCCAAUAAAGAGUAUGUUUGUGGUCCUUGCCAACAAGCAAAAAGCCACCAGCUUCCAUAUUCAAAGUCUAGUAGUGUGUCAAAUCAACCUCUAGAACUUAUUUUUUCUGAUGUCUGGGGACCUGCUCCCGAAUCUGUAGGCAGAUACAAGUAUUAUGUCAGUUUUGUGGAUGAUUAUAGCAAAUUUACUUGGAUCUAUUUAUUGAAAUUCAAGUCGGAAGUUUUUAAAAAAUUUCAAGAAUUUCAGAAUCUAGUUGAGCGCUUGUUCAAUAGAAAAAUUAUUGCGGUUCAAAGUGAUUGGGGAGGAGAAUAUGAGAAACUUAACCCUUUUUUCACUAAAAUUGGCAUCUCUCAUCAUGUCUCGUGUCCUCACGCUCAUCAACAAAAUGGGUCUGCUGAAAGAAAACAUAGGCACAUUGUUGAGGUUGGGCUAUCUCUUUUAGCACGAGCAUCCAUGCCACUAAAAUUUUGGGAUGAAGCGUUUCUUGCUGCCACUUAUCUCAUAAAUCGUACACCCAACAAAGUCCUUCAAUACUCCACAUCUCUAGAAAAAACUAUUCUUGGUUAAACCAAAAUUUUCCUCCUUGCGUAUUUUUGGUUGCGCAUGUUGGCCUAAUCUUCGCCCUUUCAAUUCCAGAAAACUUGAAUUUCGAUCCAAAGAGUGUAUUUUCUUAGGGUAUAGCAAUAUGCACAAAGGCUUCAAAUGUCUUGAGGAAAAUACAGGGCGCAUCUAUAUUUCUAGAGAUGUUGUUUUUGAUGAGAAUAUCUUUCCCUUCUCUAAAUUACAUAAAAAUGCAGGAGCUAAAUUAAGAUCUGAAAUAUUACUUUUACCGCCAGUCUUGCUUCCUAGCCAUUUCGGGGGUACGAAUAUGGAUUACGUGACUAAUCUUUCUAAGAAUCAAGAUACUGCGACAAGCUGUUCUGUGCAGAUUCCAGCAGAAAAAAGGAGCAUGCAAGGUGCCCCUACAAGCAACGUGGGCAACUCUGCAGCAUGGGAGCAUUAUCCACCACUACCAAUACGUGUACCAGCAUGCAGUACGCCACCAGCAUGCAGCACGCCAUCUGCUCCAAUCUGUGCACCGUCUGACAGCUCUCCUGUAAAUGUAUGUGCACCGCCUGACAGCUCUCCUGUAAAUGUAUUAUCUUCUGCAGAUGGCACACCGCUGUUUUCUUCACCCACGCGUCCAGAGGAUACGCCCAGCAUUGCCAGCACAACGCCUGAUCACGCUGGACCUUCUGCGACACAAGGGGGAGAAAUUGAACAAGCAAUAGUUCCCAUACCGCAAGCUCCAGCAAUAGAGGAAAAUCCACCGAGGACAAGACUUCAGCAUGGUAUUCGACAACCCAGAGUUUACACUGAUGGUACUAUUCGCUAUGCUUUUCUUGUCUCUGCUGACAGUGAGCCUAGAAAUCUCGAAGACGCUAUUGGUAAUAAAAAUUGGAAGCAUGCAAUGGAUCUUGAAUUUAAUGCUUUGAUUAAAAAUAACACAUGGCACCUGGUGCUGUUCAUUUGAGGGGAUUUUCCCUUUAUUUUCUUUAUUGGAAAAUAUAAGAAAUGAAAAAAAAAUGAGGAGGGAGGCCAGCCGAGUGGGCCGCUCAAGGCCUGGUGGCCGAGUAGCCCACCAGCUAGCUCGUCCCGUAGGGCACGCGAAGGGGCACCAGGGUGCCGGAGAAAACCAGAGACUGGAGGCUUCCCAGGGGGAGGUGGCGGCGGCGUUCAACAGAUUUUUUCGAUCUGUGCGGCUCGUUCGUCCGGAUCUUUCGGUAAAAAUCAGUUUGCCUUCUCUCCUCUCGGCUCCUUAAAUGGGAGCUCGAUCCCCUGGCCGUUUGGCUCAUCUCUCGGCAGACGCUCGUAUCUGCUUUCUCUCCCUGUUCACUGCUCCAAUCGAAUCUCGGUAGAUUUGUUCGAUCUCCUGUGGUGAUUCUCGCUGGUGGUGAUUGGAAGAGGGUAGAGGUGAUCCCUGCGCUCGUGUUGCUCGGUCUACGUGCGUUCUACUGCUGUACCAGUGCACCUGUGUGGUGCUCUGUGGGCUCUGAUUAUUGUCCACCGUGGCCUGGUGCUUGGGCUCCCUACUGCGCGGUGUUCCUCUUCUCGGGCUGGUGUCGAGGACGUCUCCCUCGACUCCGGCAGCGGCUCUAGUAUCUCCGUCAACCUCCCGCCGUGCAGGUCCGGACGUGGGCGGCGGAAUUGGUUUUCUGGGACAGAACCUCGUGUUCGCUGAGCUGGUCUUCCCACGUAGACAAUCUACGUGCUGUGAGUUACCCGUUGCCUCUCAUUAUUUAUUGAGUAAUUUUGUGCAAUCUGCUAGUAUUAUUUACUUGGGUGUGAUUGCACAAUUUAUGGGCGGAUUUGAUUGCUCGAUGAUGAUAGCGGUGUAGUGAGACGACGUGACAGUCUGGGUUUUGUGUGUUGUUAUUUUCAGCAUUGAUAUUAUCUGUGCCUAGUUAUUUCUUACUAUUGUGCAAGCUGAUUAUUUAAGUUCAUUAUUGUUCCUUAAUUCUUAUGCACACUGUUUUGAUCUUAAUAUUCAUGCUUGAUUUCUAGGCUCAUAAUAUUUGUUCUAAAACCCUGUUUUGGUAAGAUAGGACUGUCAUGUUAGUCGAGGAUCUUUGAUCACCCUUUAGCGUUGGAGGGCUGUCUUGUGCAGCAACCCGCUAUUUUGAGAGCAAUACUUUAAGAUAAACAAUUAUGUUUAUUUGUUUAAUCUGCCUUCUUCAUCUGCAAGCCAUGUUUAAUUUCCAAAUGGACCUGUGUAGCUAUUUUACAUGUUUACAUGUCUUAGAAUUGCUACUGUUCAUUGCUGCUAUAAUUACAUAUGGCAUUUGUCUGAGUUAUAUGCUUGUUUUAUUCGGAAUUAGAAUAUUUAAUCUAUUUAAAUAUGUAGAAAGCAUGUCACUUAUUUCUCUAAAUUUACAACAAUCCAGAAAACCAAUUCGUAUUAUGGCCUCCAGUUCUGAUGUCAUUAAGCCUGAAGCGUUCGACGGCGCUAGCUUUAAGCGCUGGCAGAUUAAGACUCGCAUGUGGCUCACUGACCUAAAAUUAUUUUGGGUAGUGACAUCGGCUGUUCCCCAGGUUGCAUCAGAUGAUUCUGAUGAUGCAGCGAAGGCCGCCGCACUUGCGGAGAAGGCCAAGUGGGACGAAGCCAAUGAGGCAUGCUUGUCUCGUCUGCUGAACGUCUUGUCGAACCGCUUAUUCGACGUGUACUCUGGUUUUACCUCCGCUAAGGGUCUAUGGACUGAACUUGAGAACGAGUUCUCUGAAGUUGACAAUGGCAAUGAGUCAUUCACAACGGAAAACUAUCUCAACUAUAAAAUGGUUGAGGGAAGGUCUGUUAUGGAGCAGCUACAGGAGAUUCAACUCCUUGUUAGGGACUUGGUCCAAUAUGGUUGCGUCCUACCAGAUAGUUUUCAGGUGAAUGCAAUACUGGCAAAGCUCCCGCCUUCUUGGCGAGACUUUGUGACUUCACGCCGCCACAUGAAGAAGCAAAUGACUCUCACUGAGUUGUCAGCUACGAUAAAUGUGGAAGAGCGUGCAAGGUCCAGUAACAAGCCAUCUCAGCAACUCCAGGCUCACGUUGUUGAGAAGGGUGGAGAUAGAAAAUUCCAGAAGAAGAAGAAGAACUCUCCACAGAAGAAUAUGAACCAACCUAAGUCCAAAAAGAUGAAGAAGAAAAAGGAGGACUUUAUCUGCUACGUUUGUGGUGUCUCCGGGCAUACAGCUCGGAGGUGCAAACUUAGGAAGGGAAAAGGUCCUCCACCUCAGCGCAAAGAAGGGAACGUGGUGGUUAACUCCACCCCAGGGUAUGCACCUCAGGCCUUUAUGGCAAGUCCAUCAGAUGACUGGUGGAUGGAUUCCGGUGCUACUGUUCAUAUUUGUGCUGAUCGAUCCAUGUUCUCUUCAUUCCAGGGAUUCAACAGCGCACCAGUCUUGAUGGGAAAUGGUGUUCCGGCAGCAGUUCGAGGUACUGGACAGGUCUGCCUGAAGUUAACUUCAGGAAAGACGCUCGUGCUGAAGGACGUACUCUAUGUGCCCUCGAUGAGCCGGAACCUCAUUUCAGUGUCGCUGCUAUGUCGACAGGGUCUCAAAUUAGUGUUUGAGUCUAAUAAAGUGGUCUUGUCUAAGUUUGGUACUUUUGUUGGAAAGUCGUAUGAGUCAGGCGGUUUGUUCCGUCUUUCUGUUUUGAAUAAUCAUUCUUCUUACCAUGUUAAUGUGGUCUGUAAUAACGAUUCCAUUAAUAAUAUAUGGCAUUCCCGUUUGUGUCAUGUGAAUUUUGAGGCCAUUAAGAGAUUAAGUGACAUGUCUUUAAUUCCUGAAUAUAAACAUGUUAAAGGUGUAAAAUGUGGUAUUUGUGUGCAAGCUAAGCAGCCUAGAAAACCGUUUCAUACGGUUGAAGGCAGAAGUACCACUCCUUUAGAACUAAUUCACUCAGAUAUCUGUGAGAUGAAUGGUAUAAUCACAAAAGGCGGUAAAAGAUACUUUCUUACCUUGAUAGAUGAUGCUACUAGGUUCUGUUAUAUUUACUUACUCAGAACUAAAGAUGAAGCACUAGAACACUUUAAGAUCUAUAAGACUGAAGUUGAAAACCAGCUAGACAAGAAAAUUAAAAGGUUACGGUCUGAUAGAGGAGGUGAAUACCUUUCCAACCUUUUUGAUGAGUACUGCAAAGAGUGUGGAAUCAUUCAUGAAACCACUGCUCCUUAUUCACCUCAGUCAAAUGGGGUAGCUGAAAGGAAGAACCGAACGGUGUGUGACUUAGCUAAUGCUUUGUUGCAAAGUUCGGGGAUGCCUGACAUAUGGUGGGGCGAGGCAGUACUCACAGUAUGCUAUGUCCUGAACAGGGUGCCGCCUCGCAACCGUGAGGCCACACCCUAUGAAGGAUUUAAAGGAAGGAAGCCAGAUCUUUCGCAUCUUCGAACUUGGGGCUGCCUUGCAAAGGUGAAUGUCCCGUUGCCGAAGAAGAGAAAGUUAGGCCCUAAGACCGUAGACUGUGUCUUCCUGGGUUAUGCACAUAACAGUGCAGCUUAUAGAUUUCUAGUGGUCCAUUCCGAGACAAGUGAAGUUGCUAUAAAUGUAAUAAUGGAGUCUCGAGAUGUGACAUUCUUUGAGAGCAUCUUCCCUAUGCGGGAUAAGGAAGUAGUAGCCCCAGAUGGUCCAUCUCGGACAUAUUCUCUGCCCUCGAGUGUCAAUGACCAGACUCCAGAUUUGGAGUUAAGGAGGAGUAAGAGACAAAGGACUGAAAAGUCUCUGGGUGAUGAUUAUAUUAUCUAUCUAGUGGAUGAAGAACCACGCUCCCUCACAGAGGCAUAUACAUCUCCGGAUGCAGAGUACUGGAGGGAGGCUGUCCGUAGCGAGAUGGAUUCAAUCAUCUCGAACGGAACUUGGGAGAUAACUGAUCUCCCAGCUGGUUGCAAGCCUGUGGGCUGUAAAUGGAUCUUUAGGAGGAAGAGGAGACCCGAUGGUACUAUUGAAAAGUACAAGGCCCAUCUUGUGGCUAAGGGUUUUACUCAAAAGAAAGAGGAGGAUUAUUUUGAUACUUAUUCUCCGGUGGCUCGAUUGCCCACAAUCUGUGUGCUUUUAGCACUGGCAGCUGCUUAUAAACUUCUUGUCCAUCAAAUGGAUGUAAAGACAGCAUUCCUAAAUGGAGAGCUGGAAGAGGAAAUUUAUAUGCAGCAACCAGAAGGAUUUGUGGUUAAAGGUCAAGAGAGCAAAGUGUGUCGCUUGAUUAAAUCCUUAUACGGUCUUAAACAAGCUCCCAGACAAUGGCAUGAGAAGUUUAAUAAUACUCUAACCACUGCCGGGUUUUGUGUAAACGAAGCCGACAAGUGUGUGUAUUAUCGCUUCUCUGGGGGCAAAGGUGUCAUCAUGUGUUUAUACGUUGAUGACAUAUUGAUAUUUGGGACCGAUUUGGAGGCUAUCAUGGAGACAAAAUUAUUCCUCUCCAAGAACUUUGAUAUGAAGGACUUGGGUGAAGCUGAUGUUAUACUGGACAUCAAGCUGAUAAAGGGUGAGGAUGGGAUUACUUUGUCACAAUCCCAUUAUGUGGAAAAGGUCCUGACUCGCUUUGGACAUAUGGACUGUAAACCAGUCACCACGCCCUAUGAUCCAUCCUACACGCUCAGUAAAUAUGAAGGCGAGCCUGUGAACCAGCUACUAUAUUCGCAGAUCAUCGGAUCUCUCAUGUACCUGAGCAGCGCAACUAGACCAGAUAUCUCAUAUGCAGUAUGCAGACUGGCUCGUUAUUCGGCCAGUCCAGGAGAUAGACACUGGGUAGCCUUGUACAGAGUGCUUCGGUAUUUGAAGGGAGCGAUGAAUCUUGGUAUUAAAUAUACCGGAUUUCCGUCAGUACUUGAAGGAUUCAGUGAUGCAAACUGGAUCUCUGACUCGGAUCAAAUGAAGUCUACAAGUGGCUAUGUGUUCACUUUAGCUGGUGGGGCCGUGUCAUGGAGAUCGUCUAAACAAUCAGUGUCGACACGUUCCACCAAGGAGGCUGAAUUAGUUGCACUUGAUUCAGCAGCAUUGGAGGCUGAAUGGUUGAGAGACCUAUUGUCAGACCUUCCAAUGCUAGCAAAGCCGAUACCGGCUGUCCUAGUAUACUGUGACAACACUUCUGUGUUGCUGAAAGUGAACAGUAGAAAGGACAACCAAAAAUCCUCGAGGCAUAUCAGAAGACGACUUGAUUCAUGUCGGCAUGCUAGAGAGACGGGUGUAAUAACCGUAGAUUACAUCAAGUCUGAAAGGAACCUUGCUGAUCCUUUCACCAAAGGGCUGGCUCAAAAGCCAAUUCAAGCAGCGUGUAUGGGAAUGGGACUCGUACCCUGUUAGCGGUUUCAACUGCGGAUAACUGUCCUGUGUGACCGGAGAUCCCGAGAUCCAGGCUCCAGGAAACGAAGCACUGUGGAACCAAGAGCACAAAAGAUAAAGAGUCUCAUGAGCUGCUGUGCUCUAACUGUAUGGCAGGUUGAGCGAUAUGCUCUUAAUGAAGUCAAUGCUAUAAGCAGGGAAAUUGUCCUACAGAAUUUCCUUAACGAUUUCACCUAUAUGAGCUGACUGUGGGGUCGCAGUCCAGGAGAGAAUGGGGUUUUCUCUCUAGUGAGCUCAUGAAUAGAUAUUAAAGGGCAUGACCGUAACGCCCUGCCCCGUAAGAGAAGCAGAUAAUCUGCCUAGUACUAUGUGCCUUUUGUGCGAAGAUUCUCACACUAGGGUUUGUGGAUCAAGGCGUAGUCCUCCGCUUACUCGUGCAGGGUUGGAACACACUGGGAUAGGCUUUGGUUCAAACCUAACAAGUACCUCUGCCGAAAAGUAGUAUAUAAACAGUACAGGAGCUCAAUGACAUUGAUCAGAAAAUAAGAGUGAAAAUGGUGGGGAUUGCUGUUCAUUUGAGGGGAUUUUCCCUUUAUUUUCUUUAUUGGAAAAUAUAAGAAAUGAAAAAAAAAUGAGGAGGGAGGCCAGCCGAGUGGGCCGCUCAAGGCCUGGUGGCCGAGCAGCCCACCAGCUAGCUCGUCCCGUAGGGCACGCGAAGGGGCACCAGGGUGCCGGAGAAAACCAGAGACUGGAGGCUUCCCAGGGGGAGGUGGCGGCGGCGUUCAACAGAUUUUUUCGAUCUGUGCGGCUCGUUCGUCCGGAUCUUUCGGUAAAAAUCAGUUUGCCUUCUCUCCUCUCGGCUCCUUAAAUGGGAGCUCGAUCCCCUGGCCGUUUGGCUCAUCUCUCGGCAGACGCUCGUAUCUGCUUUCUCUCCCUGUUCACUGCUCCAAUCGAAUCUCGGUAGAUUUGUUCGAUCUCCUGUGGUGAUUCUCGCUGGUGGUGAUUGGAAGAGGGUAGAGGUGAUCCCUGCGCUCGUGUUGCUCGGUCUACGUGCGUUCUACUGCUGUACCAGUGCACCUGUGUGGUGCUUUGUGGGCUCUGAUUAUUGUCCACCGUGGCCUGGUGCUUGGGCUCCCUACUGCGCGGUGUUCCUCUUCUCGAGCUGGUGUCGAGGACGUCUCCCUCGACUCCGGCAGCGGCUCUAGUAUCUCCAUCAACCUCCCGCCGUGCAGGUCCGGACGUGGGCGGCGGAAUUGGUUUUCUGGGACAGAACCUCGUGUUCGCUGAGCUGGUCUUCCCACGUAGACAAUCUACGUGCUGUGAGUUACCCGUUGCCUCUCAUUAUUUAUUGAGUAAUUUUGUGCAAUCUGCUAGUAUUAUUUACUUGGGUGUGAUUGCACAAUUUGUGGGCGGAUUUGAUUGCUCGAUGAUGAUAGCGGUGUAGUGAGACGACGUGACAGUCUGGGUUUUAGUGUGUUGUUAUUUUCAGCAUUGAUAUUAUCUGUGCCUAGUUAUUUCUUACUA